UGAUACUGUUAGCCAAACUUCAGAAUGGACCCAAGAGACUAGUCCGUUAGUUUGACGAAGCGACAACUAGACCGCGUCCAUGACUUGAACACAGAUAUCAACGCCUUGUCAACAUUAGUGGCAGCGAUGUCGACCGAAAAUACCACCCGAAGUCUGGACAGCAUAGACCUUGCUGCACUGAGAGAUCCCGCAGGUAUAUUUGAGCUGGUGGAGGUGGUAGGCAAUGGAACAUACGGUCAAGUGUACAAGGGUCGCCAUGUUAAAACAGGUCAAAUGGCAGCUAUCAAAGUCAUGGAAGUCACAGAGGAGGAAGAAGAGGAAAUAAAACUGGAGAUCAACAUGUUAAGGAGUUAUUCCCACCACAGAAACAUUGCAACAUAUUAUGGAGCUUUUGUUAAGAAAGGUCUUGCUGGACAGGACCACCAGCUCUGGUUGGUGAUGGAGUACUGUGGAGCUGGCUCUGUGACAGACUUGGUCAAAAAAACAAAGGGUAACUAUCUAAAAGAGGACUGGAUUGCCUACAUCUGCCGAGAGGUUCUCAGGGGUCUUUCCCAUCUCCAUUCUCAUCAUGUGAUUCACAGGGAUAUUAAGGGACAGAAUGUUUUGCUUACAGAGAAUGCCGAAGUAAAACUUGUGGAUUUUGGGGUUUCCGCACAGUUGGACAAGACUAUUGGUCGAAGAAACACCUUCAUCGGUACUCCAUAUUGGAUGGCUCCAGAGGUCAUUGCCUGUGAUGAAAAUCCAGAAGCGACAUAUGAUUACAGGAGUGACCUUUGGUCUUUAGGCAUCACUGCUUUAGAGAUGGCAGAAGGAGCCCCUCCUCUCUGUGACAUGCAUCCCAUGAGAGCUCUGUUUCUGAUUCCGCGCAACCCUCCACCCAGACUUAAGUCCAAAAAAUGGUCAAAGCGCUUUCUGUCGUUCAUUGAUAGCUGCCUAGUUAAGAACCAUCUGCACCGGCCCACAACGGACAUACUGCUGAGGCAUGCCUUCAUCCGAGAUUUGACUAAUGAGAGACAAGUUCGCAUUAUGCUCAAAGAUCACCUCGACAGAACCAGAAAGAAAAAGGAGAAAGAGGGCCUAGAGUACGAGUACAGUGGAAGUGAAGAGGAAGAAGACGAGGUCACCGAGGAGGAAGGAGAACCCAGCUCAAUAGUGAAUGUUCCUGGUGAAUGGACGUUAAGGCGGGAGUUUCUGCGUUUACAGACAGAGGAUCGAGAAGAAAGCCGACAGAGGGGCCACAGAGUUGGUGGGGAUCAGCAGAGACAACAGCAAAUAGCAGAGCAAGAACAAUACAAGCAGCAGUUAUUGGCUGAUCGACAGAGGAGGAUCCAACAACAACAUGAAAAACGACAAAUGUUAGAAGACCAACAGAGGCGACAGCUGUCAGAUGCUGCCUUUCAGUGGGCAGAAUUACAAGACCUUAUGCUUGGGGAGGAAUCUGAUAACUGCGACAACAGAAUCCGAAAGACUGACAGAUAUCAGAAAACUGACAGGAAACGGGACAAUGCUGAUGUGUCUAUCAGGCCUCUGGACUCAGAGCAGAGAGCUGUGACUCCAAACCAGCUGCUUCAGCUUAAGGCCAAGCACUCACAGCUUCAUCUCCAGUCACCAGCCAAGACCCAACAUCAGCAGCCAUCGUCAGGCAGGAGAUCACACCGCACCCUGCCUAAAGACCAAACGCAGCUCCUGUCCCUGCAGCAUGACAACAGACACGGGGAGAGAGAGAGGGACCGGGAGAGGCAAAAAGAAAAGCCAGAGGCUUCUGUCCAAAAGCUAAUGGCUAACAGCAGGAACACUAGUGCUCCUCCCGCUACCGCCGCUGCUUCCUCGUCCAGUUGCAACGCAAACUGCCAGCGCUCAGCGGUGGAUUACCAGGACUCACAUAUAGCCAGGAUGCUUUUAGCUGCUGGCCUGCCCAACGAGAUGCACUCAAGACUAGGUUCUGGUAGCAGUUCUAGUCCUUGUACUCCAGCCAUGCAGAGAGCUCACAUUAAUCAGAAUGCCAAUUUGCGCUCUAGUCGAGUUGCCCCUCACAGCAGCUCUAUGUCAGAUAUGGCUAUCUCAGCAUUGUCCCCGUUCACACCUGUGUCGCCCUCUGAUGAUGUCUUCUGGGACUCUGAGACACCACCUAAGGUCCCAGAACGAACCACCUCUAAGUUCUACUGCAGAGAACUGGUGAAGGGACACAAGAGGGCCGCUUCCAGUGGCACUCCUGUGCUCAUGACAGAUCAAACUUCUAGGUCUGUCUCUCACGGUGUGUCUAUCAGCAAUAACAAUCCAGAUAAUUUCAAGAUGGAGAGUCCACGUGUGCAGCAACGUCUUCAGCAGCACAGGCGGCAACAGAACGACGUCACUGGCCGACAUUUCCAAGGUGUCAAGACUGUUCUGGGCCCUUUCAACAAGGCCACAGAAUAUUCCUCCUCCAGUGAUGAGUUUGGGAGUAGUGAUGAAGAAGAGAGGAACAGUUGUGGCUUCCCCAAUGGGAAGAGAGAUAAAUACUUGAAGCAAAUACCAGAUGGCAUUGUGCUGCAGCCUCAUCAGAAUCUUAACCAGAUUUCUCAGAUGACAUCAGAUGCUACCUACAUGCUGCCAGACCUACUGCAGAAAAUAUCUUCAGCAAGACCUUCUUGCAAUGCACUAAGCCAGCAGCAGCAAGCACGAGAAGAGAAUUACACGCAGUCACCCACGGCACUGCGAUCCCCCGCACACCAGGACCUACCUGUUUUCAGCAGUCCGGCUAGUAAAAACACCUCAUCUUCCUCUUCCUCUGUCUUCUCCUUCAUCGACCCGAGAUUGAUCCCUAUCUCUUCGCCACCACAGAGCCCAAUAUGCAGUAAGGGGGAGCCAAUCAAGAGAGCGAACCACAGGAAGGGCUCGGUGGUGAAUGUGAAUCCAACCAAUAUUCGACCCCAGAGUGACAGUCCUGAGAUCCGCAAAUACAAGAAGAAAUUCACCAGUGAGGUGCUCUGUGCUGGACUAUGGGGAGUGAAUCUGUUGGUCGGGACAGAAAAUGGUCUUUGGCUGCUGGACCGAAGUGGCCAGGGGAAGGUAUACUCGCUCAUUAGCAGAAGAAGGUUUCAGCAGAUGGAUGUGCUGGAAGGACUCAAUGUGCUCAUUACUAUAUCAGGUAAAAAGAACAAGCUCCGCCUUUACUAUCUUUCCUGGCUGAGAAAUAAAAUCCUCCGGAAUGACCCGGAAGUGGAGAAGAGGCAGGGUUGGACAUCUGUUGGCGAUCUGGAAGGUUGUGUCCACUAUAAAGUGGUACGUUACGAGAAGAUCAAGUUCCUUGUAAUUGCUUUGAAGAAUGCAGUGGAGGUUUACGCCUGGGCGCCCAAACCCUACCACAAGUUCAUGGCCUUUAAGUCUUUCAGGUCUUUACCACAAAAGCCACUGUCUGUUGAUCUGACAGUGGAGGAAGGCCAAAGGUUAAAGGUCAUCUAUGGUUCCUCGUCUGGUUUCCAUGCAAUUGAUGUCGAUUCCGGUACGCCGUAUGACCUCUACCUGCCCACACAUAUCCAGGGUUGUAUCCAUCCGCACGCCAUCAUUAUUUUGCCAAACAGUGCUGGUACAGAGGUUCUUGCUUGCUACGAAGACGAAGGCGUCUACAUUGAUACCUAUGGCCGCAUCAUCAAGGAUACAGUGUUGCAAUGGGGAGAGAUGCCUGCAUCUGUCGCUUACCUCCAGUCCAAUCAGGUGAUGGGUUGGGGAGAGAAGGCCAUUGAGCUCAGGUCUGCCAACACGGGAAACCUGGAGGGGGUUUUCAUGCACAAAAGGGCGCAGAAACUCAAAUUCUUGUGUGAAAGGAAUGACAAGGUCUUCUUUGCAUCAGUGCAGUCGGGUGGCAGCAGUCAGAUUUACUUCAUGACGUUGGGUCAGAACUCUCUUUUCAACUGGUAAUGAACUGGACGCGUGGCUCCAAGCUCAGCUGCUGGUGUGCAGGCCUUCAUCAUCUCAGAUUUUCACGCUUGUCCACAGUUUGUCACAUCCCGGAUGUGAAAUUAGAUCACAUCCAUGAAAUUGGGUUAGGAGUAUCACACUGACAUCACUUUGGAGCUGCUCUUAUCAAUAACUGUCUGAAGCUUAAGUCCAACAAAUCCACUGGAUUUUCUUUUUCCCCGUGCGUGCAAGGUCAUCUUGUCUGGAUCAAUCACUCACUUAUUACCAUUAUCUUCUGGCAUAGACGUUCCAAAGUUCUGCUGCAGUGCUUCUUACAAACAGUAUCCAGGUAACGGAAGUAGGCUGAGGAGAAAAAAUAGGAGCUUUAUUAUCCAUUGUUUACUCGGUUGAAAUCAUCUGAGUGCUUCAUGAAUGUGUACGUGUGUGUGGAAAAAUGGAUCCCCUCAACAGGGACGAGCAGGAUGCACCUGUGAUCGCUCAUAACAUUCUUUAAUAACAUUCCAGAUUGCUUGUCAGCGGUCAGAAUUGCUGGAGCUAUUCAAACAGCCACGUGGAGAUGCUUAAAUGUUCCGGCUGCUGUUAAAUAUUUCAUAUGAAAGAACCUCAGUUGAAAAAAAAAAUGUUUUUUCCACACUUUACAGUGUUCAGUGGUGAGCCCAUAUGCACUUUGCUAGGGAGGUUCUGACAUCCUACCAGCAGUUCCACGUUCAUUCGUUGUUUACUUUUAUCUGCUUAGUGAAUUUGAUUUGCACCAUCAAACAUUUUUGUAUUGCUAAGUUGUUGAUCUAAAAAGAAGGCCUCGUUUCAACAGUGACUAUUAAGGAAAAUUAAGAUCAUGCCACUUCAACGUUGUUCAUUUACUGCUCGUUAUUAAAAAGAAAUUCACAUUUUUUGUAAUUUUUUGACAUUAUUUUCUUUUUCUUUUUUUUACUUAGCAAAAUUCACAAUUACAUACCACCAAAUCAAUGUAGUUUGUUUAAAAUGUACAACGAUUGUGUGGCAAUCAAAAAAACAAAACAAAUGCAGUCCCAACAGUAUUUCUGGUUUUUGUGUCUUUGCAUUGUACAGAUGGAAGAUGUCUAUGUCUAUGUAAAACAAAUUGUAUAAAUGACUGAAUGUCAUAUGCAGUUUUGUUUGAAAGGUGAAAAUGAAGACUGCAGUUUUAUCAAGCCACCAAUCGGAAAUGCGCUCCUGUUUGACCUGUGAUUUCAAUCACGGAAGUGUGGUGUGCUGCAAAAGCCGACGUGCGCAAGCGACCAAAUAUUGUAUCUUGCCUGAGAAAAGAUCAACCAACUUGAAAAUUGCAGACUUACAAGAAAAAAUGAAGAUUGGCCCACAAUGCCAUUCCACAUAAGCAUUUUUUUUUCUUUUAGGGAACGCUGCAUCCCCUGCCAUGCAGCCCUGAUAGAAUGUAUCUUCUGCACAUGCCGAUUACUGGCACUUCACACAGUUAUGGAUUAAAAAUUUAAAAAAAACAUUAAUGAGACACAGUCGUUGCACUGAAUCGCUUUACUCGUGAUGACAAAGAGCGUUGUAUUUACAUGGACCUUUAGCUUGGUAUGAAGGGUUUCCAAUGAAUGGUGAAAUGUCUUUUCUAUAAUUGCCGGUUAUUCCCGGGAUAUUGGAGACAGACUUGCCCACGGUGCGUCAUCACACUCAAGGUGUAUCAGAAAUUAGCGAGCCCCCUGACCUUCCACCCACACUUUCACCGAUUGCCACUCACUUCUCCCAAGUCUACACCAUCAAGUCUUUUAACUUUGUCCACAAGUCUCGUCUCAACUGGUGCGUUUCAUCCCUCCUUCCAAUUCCCUCUGUUCCCUCCUCCACUCGACUUUCAUCUUCCUCAAACUCUCAUUUCUCCAAUCUUUGUUCUCAAGCGUUGUUUGCUCUCUCCAUUCCAUCCACCCCCAGCUCUGCUGCAGAAACCUACAGCUGCAUCAGUGAGCUUCUUGUAGUGUCGCUGGGUGCAGUCGGGUGGCAUGUCAAGCUGCAUACGCUUCUACUCGUGCUGCACGAAUACACGAAAGCAUGAGGACAAUCAUGGAUUUCUGUAGAAUUAGUUUUGUCGCAUAAAUCCAUUAAAACAUUUUUGUUGUCAGACCUGCAUUUUUCGGCAUUUGCGACAUUUCCAGCAAGCUUUGAAUGCCACGUUUAAUGCAUAGCUGCACAUUUAGAAAAUGACAGUCACAAUCUUAAGUGGUUAUUCGCCACUAGACCAAAGAAGGCUAUAGUCGUGACAUUCGAUUCUGGACAUUCAAGAAUUGUAUUUCAUCUUGCCAAAUUUAUGUGAUUCUGUGUAGAAUAAGCAGAGCAAGAAAUAUGGAAGGAGGAAGUAGUUGGUGGCAGUGCAAAAAAACGCAACGAUACAUAAAGGUGCAUGUUUACACAAUUAGAAUUUUUGAUUUGAAGGUUUGUGCUCGUCGUCGUUUCUUCAUUCCAAGAGGUGAAUGAGAUUAAAUAUUUUGUAGAAAGGAAACUUAUGUCAAACACCGCUAUUUCUAUGUGCAAACCCUAUAUCAAUGCUAAAGAUUUGUGACUUUGGUUUCUUUUUUGCACUGAAUCUAUGCUUCAUUGCCUAACUUUAAUAGCAUGCUAACAUAUGUUUGGAUGCAAAGUGGCAGAAGGCAGCAAUAAAUAUUGAAUUGAAUUCA